AUGAGAAUCGCUGAUGUUGGGGCUGGCACCGCUAUCUGGCUCACAGACCUAGCCAAUAAGCUACCAAAAUCCGUUCGCCUGGACGGCCUCGAUGUUUCGUUCGACGCUGCCCCUCGUCGCGAAUGGCUCCCACAAAACGUGACCCUGCAGUACUGGGAUAUCAAAUCCCCAGUCCCCGAACACCUAGUCGGUGCGUACGAUCUAGUCAAUGUACGAUAUCUCACCGUUGUCCUUCGAAACUCUGAGAUCAAGGAUGCUCUGAAUAAUCUAUCCCGACUACUUAAACCAGGCGGCUACCUCCAAUGGACCGAUACAGAUAUGUGUUCAAUCCGACCGGUAAAGCUUCGACCUGAUAUAAGCGACGAACCGUUGAAGCGACUUGAAAGUGUCCUUCGGGGGAACGACGAAAGGUUCUACACUUCUUGGGUACCCGACCUGGGGACUCGCUUCCAAGAAGCAAAGUUCCUCGACGUCGAUGUUGAUCGCAGAGACCCUCCACAUUAUAUCGCACAAUCCCUGUUCGAUUGUGUAAUGGUGGCCGUCGAAGUCUCUACCAGAAACAAGGAUCUGGACGAGCAGAAAGCCCAAGAACUGAGGGGAACCCUUCGAGACGCAGCCAAGGCUUCCAGAGAGGGCUCUUAUCUUCAGUAUACCUAUUAUAGAGUUAUUGGACGGAAGGCCACGAGUGCAGAUGAACUAUAG